GCCUGCAGUGAUACAUGACUCCGCCCCUGGCUUCCAUUUCUGAACUGAGGAGACGCCGCCGCUCGCGCUUAGUCCUCGCCUUUUUUAUAUACACAUUUAAGUAAAUAAACUAGGCUCUCUUUUCGUAAAUUAGGACCACUGCCUAAAGGUCGCGAGUGAAACUGCAUUUUUUUUGUUGCGUAUAACGCUUUUGGAGUUUUGGCUUGAGCUGAAGCUAGCAUUUUAUUCCCCAUUUUAACUUUACUAAGCGGCGUUUUCCGCCGUUUUUUUCUUUUCGCCGCCCCGCUCACUCUACCCCCUUGUGUGUGAGUAGGGGCCUGCAACGUUGCUUUAGCCACGAGGUCGUCGGAACAGUUGGAACAGGGCGAUGGCGGAGUUCGGUAACGGACUAGCGGAUGAAUCUCUACUAGAUUCAGACCCCGGACAUCCCGAGCUGGAAGACCCGGGUGUCGGUGACGAAGAGCCGGGGUUAGAGGAGGGAGAGGCCGCAAUUGAAGACCCGGAGCUGGAGGCAAUCAAAGCCCGGGUGAGAGAGAUGGAGGAAGAGGCAGAGAAGCUAAAGGAGCUACAGAACGAGGUGGAGAAACAGAUGAAUCUCAGCCCCCCGCCAGUUGGCCCCGUUAUCAUGUCCAUUGAGGAGAAGAUGGAAGCAGAUGGCAGGUCUAUUUAUGUCGGCAAUGUGGACUAUGGUGCCACGGCAGAAGAGCUGGAGGCGCACUUUCAUGGCUGCGGCUCAGUAAACAGAGUUACCAUCCUGUGUGACAAAUAUACGGGGCAUCCCAAGGGGUUUGCCUAUAUUGAAUUUGCAGAUAAAGAGUCUGUCAGGACAGCCAUGGCUUUGGAUGAGUCCCUUUUCAGGGGAAGACAGAUAAAGGUUGGAGCCAAGAGAACAAACAGACCCGGAAUCAGCACCACAGACCGCGGCUUUCCACGUGCCCGGUUCCGGUCACGGGGAGGCAGCUUCUCCUCGCGCGCACGCUACUACAGUGGCUACACGCCACCCAGAGGCAGAGGACGGGCCUUCAGGUUUCAGGACCAGUGGAGGCUGACGACCCCUCCCCAGGUGGCGCCGGCCCCCCCCACUGUCUCCGCAGCAUCUCUGUCUCUCUCUGCUCCCGCUAUGCACACUCACCCCAUCCUGUCGGUGUGGGGGGGCGGGGGCGGGGGCCAGGGCGACCACAGGCCCGCCACAGGGGGCAUUUACUACAACAGCAAACGCUGA